AUGUCGUUCUAUUCACAAAGUGGAUCACAAGCUGCAGGUACAAGUCAUAGACGAACUUGGGAUGAGGUAAUUUUGACUGUAAAAUUGAAAAAAAAACGUAUGAAUUUCCUAUUUUCAGAAAGAAUAUUCAUUAAAAGCGCAUCAACGAGCUCUCGAUGAGAAAGAAGCUGAAGAUAUUCGAACCGGCAAGAAAAAACCGGAUUUGCCGAAAGUUAAGAGAGAAAUGCUUCAAGCUAGAGAUUAUAAAGUUGAUUUGGAUUCGAAAGUUGGAAAAUCAGUUGUAAUCACAAAAGCGACACCAUCCGCAGAAACUGGUGGAUUUUAUUGUGAUGUUUGUGAUUGUACAGUGAAAGAUUCGAUCAAUUUCAUUGAUCAUAUUAAUGGUAAAAACCAUCAGCGAAAUAUGGGAAUGUCGAUGAAAACAAAGAAAAGCACAUUAGAUGAUGUUAAAGAUCGAUUCAGAUUGUUAAAAGAGAAAAGUUAGUUUCUUCUUAUAUGAAUAUCUCAAACUAUAAUCUAUUUACCUUCAGAAGAACGUGAGAAACGUGAACAACAAGUCGAACAACUUCUUGAAGAUGUGCAAGAAGAAGAAUCUCGAAUGGCUGAUUAUAAAAAAGAGAAGAAAACUGUAGAAAUCAAUCGCAAACGGAAACGAGAACCUAAAAAAGAAGAACCUGAAGAAGAGGAAGAAGAUGAUGGAUUGGAUCCUGAAAUGCGAGCAAUGAUGGGUUUCAGUGGAUUUUCGACUAGUAAACGAUAA